CCCGCGGGGGCUUUGACGGUGAUGUCGCGCAUUUAGGGGUGGAGGCGGCCGCCUGUAAACUGCGCCACCGCAGUGGUGGAGGCUCCUAAAAUUCCCCGGUGGGAGCGGGGAGGAAGCGGGGGGUGCGGGUCGGUCUCCCGCGCGGGUCGCGGCGGGGGUUGUAGCGCCGCAGCGGGGCGCGCCGCCCGGCGGGUGUGCCCGGCUCAGGGUGCCGGCAAUGCCUGGCUCCCGGGCGGCGCGGGCGGCGGCGGCGGCGCCUCGGCGGCGGCGUCUCCCGGGCUGAGCGGCGGCUCUGGGCCCGCCCGCGCCCUUCCCGCGGCGCUACCCCGCAUCCGCGCGGAGUCCCGGCCCCCCCCGGCCCGCCCGGCCGGGGAUGAAGCGGUGCGGCGGUGGCACAAAGGCUCCUCCGGGGCUGCCCGUUGCUUAGUGCGGCCCAGCGUCCCCGGCCUAACCCCGCCGCCGCCCCCGGUCCCUCUCGCCGCCUCCCUCCCUGUGUUGUGCCGCGCCGGCCGUCGGCCCCCGCAGCCCCGCUGUCCCUCGCUGGGGCCGGGCCGGCGGCUCCUGCCCCCGCCAGCCGCCCGUGGCCCCGCGGGAGGAUGUCGGAGGAUCACGAGAUGGACAAGAUGAUCAAGGAAACCUCCAUUUUAGAGGAGUACAACAUUAACUGGACUCAGAAGCUGGGAGCUGGGAUCAGUGGUCCUGUUAGAGUCUGCGUGAAAAAAUCCUCUCAAGAACGCUUUGCACUGAAAAUUCUUCUUGAUCGUCCAAAAGCUAGAAAUGAGGUACGUCUGCACAUGAUGUGUGCAACACAUCCAAAUAUUGUUCAAAUUAUUGAAGUUUAUGCUAACAGUGUGCAGUUCCCACAUGAAUCCAGCCCAAGGGCUCGGCUCCUAAUUGUAAUGGAGAUGAUGGAAGGGGGAGAGCUAUUUCACAGAAUCAGCCAGCACCGGCACUUUACUGAGAAGCAAGCAAGCCAAGUAACAAAGCAGGCAACUUUGGCUUUGCAGCAUUGCCACUCAUUAAACAUUGCACAUAGAGACCUCAAGCCUGAGAAUCUCCUCUUCAAGGAUAACUCUCUGGAUGCACCUGUUAAAUUGUGUGACUUUGGAUUUGCCAAAGUAGACCAAGGUGACUUGAUGACACCACAGUUCACUCCGUAUUAUGUAGCACCUCAGGUAUUGGAGGCACAAAGACGGCAUCAGAAAGAAAAAUCUGGUAUUAUCCCCACCUCUCCAACACCUUACACUUAUAACAAGAGCUGUGACUUGUGGUCCCUGGGUGUCAUUAUUUACGUGAUGCUGUGUGGAUACCCUCCGUUUUACUCCAAACACCAUAGUCGGACAAUUCCAAAGGACAUGCGGAAAAAGAUCAUGACAGGAAGUUUUGAAUUUCCAGAGGAAGAGUGGAGCCAGAUCUCAGAAAUGGCGAAAGACAUUGUGCGAAAGCUGCUGAAGGUCAAACCUGAGGAACGGCUGACCAUUGAAGGUGUGCUGGACCAUCCCUGGCUCAAUUCCACUGAGGCACUUGAUAACAUCCUACCCUCUGCCCAGCUGAUGAUGGACAAGGCAAUGGUUGCAGGGAUACAACAGGCUCACGCAGAACAACUCGCGAACAUGAGAAUCCAAGACCUCAAAGUCAGCCUCAAACCCCUUCACUCCGUCAACAACCCAAUCCUGCGCAAAAGGAAAUUACUGGGCACUAAGCCAAAGGAUGGUGUUUAUAUCCACGACCCUGAGAAUGGAAGUAACGACUCCAACGUGGCUCUGGAAAAGCUGAGAGAUGUGAUUGCUCAGUGCAUUCUACCACAGGCUGGUAAAGGAGAGAAUGAAGAUGAGAAGCUGAAUGAAGUGAUGCAGGAGGCAUGGAAGUAUAAUCGAGAGUGUAAGCUGCUGCGAGACACUCUUCAGAGCUUCAGCUGGAAUGGCAGAGGAUUCACAGAUAAAGUGGAUCGACUAAAACUGGCAGAAAUAGUAAAUUGCAGAAGCUGCCUUCCAUCUGCUAUACAUACAGCCAGCUGCAAUGACUAUGUAUGUGAACAAGACAGCCACAGUUUCUCAACACCCUGCUCAAAAAUCCAACACCUGGUUUCAGACUUGUCCUCUUGUUUGGAAGAGCUCAUCCUGGCAAGGGUCGUAGUGCUGCUGUGUGAAUCCACCGGUGAUCCUUCUCUUGUGUCACCCUCUGGAGUCCAAGCUCCCUAUCGCUUUGAUGCCUUCGAGCUCCUCCUGGGGACAGACGCAGGGCUGCUCCUUGACACACGUCCUUAACGCUGCCUGGACCAUGAGGCUGCCCAGGGCAGAUUCUUACACUAGUCUGGAACAUUGGCUCCAAAAGCUGCUUUUUUUUUUUUUUUUAAUUUUAAUUAAAGAAACAAAUGAAAAGAAUCUGUACAUAUUUCUAGUUUUCUACCUUCUGAUGCUUUUCUUUCUUUUGAGACUGGUCGAAGGCUUUUUAUAGACAUAUUUUGGUACUAAACCUGUGCAGACGUUGAAUGAGUUUGGUCUGCAGACUGAAGUGCCAAUUCAGGGCUAUUAGUAAUGACUCUUGAACAUUAUUGUUAUAUUUCAUAGCUCAUUAAUUUUGGGUUUACAUUUACAAACCUGAGCCAUGAAUCUCCAAUUUACUCUUACAGCAGUCCAGCCUUGUUCUUUCUUGUCUUUUUUCUAUACCAGACUUCCUUGUAACCUUUAGCUUGGAUGGCAAACCAGUGUCUGACUCUUUCUAUAAAAUUUUGUAAACAGUGACUUAGUUUUUCUACAUGGAGAUAACUUCAUUUCACGUUCUUCGUCAGCACCUUGUCAGCUUUCUUUUCAUCCUGUUGAUGGUUUUCCAAUGCCUGAUUUAUUGCAGAGUAAGAACCGCAGUCCCUACUUAACCAUCACUUUCUCUGAUGGGAACAGGGAGGUUUUUCUGUAAGCCGGAGUUGUACCUCUGACACUACAUGGAAUAUUUGUGCACUGACACGUUAUCGAUGACAACUGUAGAGAUUUAGCAAGAGACAAGAGUAUUUGUAAUUUCUUGGUAGUAUCGGCAAGUUUGCAGGCCCUAUUAUAUGCGUUUCUGUCCUUGCCCAAAAUUCUAGGUCAUGUCAGCAUCCACACAGUCUUUAAUGGAUUAUUUCCUUUUUAACUUGAAAUCCCAUGUUUUUUUCUGAGAAAUCUCAUUGUAAUGAAAAUUUUAAGUGUAGCAAAUAGAGACAUAAACAAGGAGAUCAUCUUUGUUUGAACAGGAAUGCAAAAAAUUCCCCACAAAAGCGCUUUGCAACUCUGGCCUCCAAGGAGGAAAAUACUCGGGCGGUUUCUUGGUGCCAGAACUUGAUAGCAGAAAAAAACGGAUCAGAUUGUAGCUACUCUCAUGGUCAACACACGGUGCAGUCCGCGGAGACUACUGCUGCGCCACAGCCUGACGGAUCCGAGCACCCUGUGAGUAACGCGGGGUGUCACGCGCUGGGACCUAUUUUUAUUUUUCUCCGGCAGAUUGCUCCGGUGUUGAAGGUGACAGUAGCGAGGCUCGUAUGCCGUUGUGUAACGGUCGCUAGGAAAUGGCUCCAGCCUGUUUCUGCAGUACCGGUGCGCGUUCGGUGUAGCGGGGAGCACCUUGGGGUGGGAGAGCAACACCCAAGGCAGCUCAGAAAUAAGGAGAGGAGGUGGGAUCUGACUCUGCGUUAGAGGGUCCCUCCUUUCGUCGUGGUCGUUUCAAGCUGUUGCUGAGGUGGGGACAUCGGUGACUGGCCGUGAAGUGUUUGGGUGUCUGGAGGGAAGUCAAAUUUCUUAAGGGCUUUUGUGACUAAGGAUUUUUUAUGGAUUUACUAGAGAUUUUAUUGUGUGCGAUAAAUAAGAAUGGCCUGAUCUAAAACAGAGGUGGGGAGGGACAGAUUAAGAAAACACAAUUUGAAGAUUCAAGGUCAAAUGGUUUUAUUUCUAUGAGAAGGUUGAUUAUUUUACUCUUUAAAAAGUUAUGUUCUAGAUUUCAAAAUUAAAUACACUUUAAUGGAUGCAUUUCCAUAUUUUAAAGUAGUUUUUUACUUUCUCCUUCCUGUGUUUUUUAUUUUUCAGUUGUUGUAAAUGCAAGAUACCUUGUCUUGAUUAUAUAAGGUUUUACUUGGUAAUAAAUCUACUGAUUCUUUAUAGCAGACUGUGAAUAUUGUAAAUAUCUUGAGAUGGAAGGGUUGUGUGGGAUCAAAGAAGACAUUCUUUGUACAAACACUAAAAGGAUAUGAGAAAGCUCUGUAGGGGUUUUUUUAGAAUUUUAUUUAAGAGAAAAAUCUCUGAAAUCAUUUGACCUUUUCAAAAUUUUAUGUAUAUCUGACUUCUCCUGUGACUUGAUUAUUUUAAGCUAUAUAUGUAUGAAAAAGGUAGAAGAAUUUGACUAGGCGAAAGAGUUUCCAAUUGGAAAUAGCAACAUGUCAAAGUUUUGCUGACAUUACUUCAGGUUUUUCUUUGGGAAAUCUGAGUCUGUCCUCAUAUGUCAUGUUUAACUUCUCUGUAUUAAAAUGUUUUCAUGUCUCCUUUUCAGUGUUAUCUGUAAUAUGUUUAUUUUGGAUCAGUAUUAUAUUGUAAAUAUUAUGCAUCCGUGUAUAUAAAUGAUUUUACUAAACUUAAAA